AUGGUAAAAGGAACCCUCCGCAAUCACUCCAAUAUCGGGCCUAUAUCAAAGAAAGCGACAUUUCCUUGUCUUCGAAUUAGCUUCACUUCGCUCACUUUUCCCCUCUCAUUCCUACUCAUCGCCGCGCUUCUGGUGAACGAAAUCGAUGCAAAAGUCGUCCGGAAAGAUGAGCAGACUCCACCACUUUCCCCGGUGACAAAAGAUUCGGCGGGAGACUCGCUUGAAGUCCUUCCCGUCUUCGUUCGUAAAGCAAGUGCCCGAUCGAUCAAUGUAAUCACGAUUGAAAAAGAGCCGCAAGUUUCCGGAGCACGAGUCGAAUCUCCAUCCGACUCGACUUCCGAGGCAAUCUUUUUAGGACACACGGAAAAGGGCGAAUCAAUCGUGGUCCCGAAUCGAAUUGUUCAAUACACUCUUUACGGUUUUUGGUUGGAUGAAGUGGUGGCGAUCGCUUUCACUGUCACAACUUGCCUGGAACCCGGUUACCUCUUCGAGCAAAAGGAUUUCUCUCUUCAAACUGAUAAACGGAUUACGUUAUAUGGACAAUUCCAGAGUCAUGAGACCGAGAUUCGUCUUUGUAUCAAAAAUCGCUCAAAAGACAAAACAAUUGCGAAUCAAUUCGAAGAAGUUGUCGAGCAUCGAACUUGGCUUUCAACCAAAGUCCCGCCAAGGAAAUACUAUUUUCCGUUUGCUGUUCAGGUGACAAUUCUCGCGUGUCUUCUCGUCUUAUCCGGUCUCUUUUCGGGGUUAAAUCUUGGCCUAAUGGCUCUGUCCACUCAGGAAUUGUUACUGAUUAUGAAAUCUGGCUCAAAAACCGAGCGCCGCUACGCCGAGACAAUUUUGCCGAUUCGCGAGCGCGGAAAUUUACUGCUUUGUACAUUGCUACUUGGAAACGUUUGUGUGAAUUCGGGUAUCUCAAUCCUUCUCGAUGAUCUCUCAUCCGGUCUUGUCGCUCUCGUUGUCUCUUCGGCGGCUAUCGUCAUCUUUGGAGAGAUUUUCCCGCAAAGUCUUUGUGUUAAAAAAGGUUUGGCUGUGGGUGCGCACACGAUUUUCAUCACUCGUUUCUUCAUGGUUCUCACUUUUCCCGUCGCUUUCCCGAUCUCAAAAAUUUUGGAUUGGAUUUUGGGUGAUGAGGUGGUCGCGUAUGACCGGAAACGACUCAUGGAAUUGAUCAAGAUGAACGCGAAAGAUGAGAACGGAUUGGCUGAAGAGCUGAAAAUUGCUGUUGGUGCGAUGGAGAUCUCCGACAAAACCGUUUCCGAUGUGAUGACGAAAAGUGAUGAUGUGUUUAUGUUGCCCGAUACAACUGUGCUCAACACGAAAACGGUGGCCGAGAUUCUGCGAAUGGGAUACACGAGGAUACCCGUUUAUUCGGGAGAUAGGAAUCACGUGGUAUCGCUUCUUUUCGUUAAAGACUUGGCUCUACUCGAUCCGGACGACAAUUUCACGAUUCAAACCGUUUGCGGAUAUCAUCAACAUCCAUUGCGAUUCGUUAUGCAAGAUACGCCGUUGAGAAUGAUGUUGGAAGAGUUUAAAAAGGGUGACUACCAUUUGGCGAUGGUUCAACGAAUCGUUUGCGCUGAGGACACUGAUCCAACGUAUGAGCUGGUUGGAGUGGUCACACUGGAAGAUAUUGUUGAAGAGAUUCUUCAGGCCGAAAUCGUUGACGAGACGGACGCUGUCACCGACAAUGUUCACAGAAUUCGGAGACAUCCAAAAAAUUUGGAUGAACAAAGAAUCCAAACCACAAUGUCAGCUAUUGUAUUACUUCAUCCAUCAUCGCCAACUCGAUCAAAUGAAGCAGAAGCUGUUGGACCGCGAUUGUCGACGAGUAGUUUACCGGAGAAUUCGAACAGCGUUGUUCGUCAAAAACUCUAUCGUCGCUGGUCACCGAUUCCUCUAUCGGAUCGACGCUAUCAACGAAAAACCGGUUACAAUAGCCAAAUCUCGUACAGUGGCUCGAAACCAGCCUCUUCUCGAUGCUCCCUUUUAAUGCCGGUCUCCGCGAGGCCCUCUUCUUCUCUGAGCACUUUGGAUGUACCCGCUUCUCCAAGGAUCGACGAUCGAAUCCUCGUAUUUUCGAUAUUUUUGCUCGCUUUUUCUUCUCAUAAUUAUCACCUCGACUUUCGUGGCCGUGUUGAUCGUCUGGAAAACGAAUCGCAGCUCGAUGAUCGGCUUUUUGUGACAAUGGCCACCGACUUAAGCUAUUUGGUGGCCAGCGAGGAGCCGUCGAGAGUCAUUUCUGUGCAAAUGUUGCUCGUCACAAUGCAGUGGCUCACAACAAAUCACCAAGCUUUCACUCAAGUGAUGAUCUCACAAACAGUUCUGGAGAAGUUGAUACGACAAAAUGUGAAGAGGGUGGAAUUGACCCAUCUACCCGAUAUGUACGAUCCAAAAACGGUGAUCCCUAGAACGGCAAAGAUCUACACGAAAGGCGAGAACACCGAGAAAUUUGUGUUGAUCCUCGAGGGACGAGCGCUGGUCACGAUUGGACAGGAUGAGAUGACUUUUGAAGCUGGCCCAUGGCACGCUUUUGGGACGGAACUCUUGGAGAGAAUCUGCGAGCACAUGAAGACAGAUCGGCCACUAAAUAGCAGUCGCUGCUCGCUCACCGAUCGCGCCGACGGGAACAAGGAAAAGAAAAUCGGCUUCACGCCGGAUUAUUCGGUGAUCGUUCGCGACGAUUGCACUUUUUUGGAAAUCUCAGCCACUUCGUAUCAACUCGCCUACAAAACGACGCUCAUUUCGAGGGGUCCAAGACCGUCAGUUGGCGAGGGAGCCACCCCGUCGAUGCACAGCCCGCUUCUUCCAUAUCCACGGACUGGGUCACAGACCUCUGUUGACCUCGUCACGCCCAAGGGACCCAGAGAUUUGGAUCCAAUUGCUCGCUUGAAACGAAACGGAAAUGCAAGCACAAAAAUGAGAUCGUCGAGCGAAAGUGAACAGCACGAACUCAUCCCGCGUGUCGAUUUUCUGUCUCCCCGUGAUGGUUCGCUGUUUUCCGAGGACUCGGCUCUCUCCGACAAU